GGAUGCAUGAUGAGCCCGCUUGAGCAAACAGAUGCAAGAUGUUCAACGAAAUGUACACGUAAGGUCGCCGAGGUGGACGACGAGAGUGAGUCAUAGAGCAACCUUGAGCAAGCGCCUGCUGUCGAACUCAGUUGGAAUGAAGAUCUUAUCCAAAUGGUUACUAGCCUAUGUCUCCACACAGAUUGAUGCGACACCUACAACGCCGUCGGUAGCUCCGGUCCUUUCGGAGACUGCAGAAACUGACGUGAAUUCCGCCGUAGCUUGGUCCACAUUGCACCCGAAAAAGCGGGUUCAAGUGCGCAAGAUAACGUCACAUAGUCCGGGGACGAAUAUCCCUCUUACUAUGGAAUUGAGCGAUGGGCAGUAUUAUAUUGACAGCAUGCUCACGAAAGAGUGUUUGGAACGAUAUGACCUUGCGCGAGCUGAGCUGGAUACCCAUUUGCCUCCAAUCACCAGUCUGCGAGGGGCGAUCAUCAUCGUCCAGAGUGCCCGCUUGAGAUUAUUGAAACCUCACCGAUGCCGUCAGCUAUUCAGCGUCGGUCUGGCGAUCGAUGAUUUCACAUUUAUAGGCAAUCACGGCACUGAACCCGUUGACCAAACGUACCCUGUGGCAGAAGCACAAAAGGUGAUGGCGAGUAUAUCUCACCUUAUGUAUCGCAUAGGGGUGUUUAAUGGUCGCCGCAGUAUGCGUCCAUCCACCGCCAACGUGCAGCACUCAGUCCCCGCGCGCGAGUUUGAUCCUUCCGUCGAUCUUACGUUUCUUGGUCAAAUGGAGCUUGAUAUAAUGUUAGAUGAUGAUUAGCUAUCUUGACCUCUAGUUGCAAAAGAAAUAUGCGAGCAUUGGGGACGCUACAACAAAUAUCAGCUAGUCGACCAAUAUGGUGUCGGAGUAUUCCCCGUCGAUAUUGUAACGUGAAAUGUUGUCAAUCAGCUGGGUUCUUAGGAAAGAAGUUUGCGCAGGAGACAUGUUCUCUCAGGGUACCCUGACGGCACCAGAGCUGGCAAUCCUCAGUGCAAACGAGGUCUCUGAAAUAGUUGAUAAAGUCCGUGUUAUAGUACAAUAAACAUGUCUUUCGUAUUA